AUGGCAGAGGAAAAGACCGGCCUUGCUUUCUCCGGUGGUGGAAUUCGCUCUGCUGCAUUGAGCUCCGGUGUGUUACGAAGGCUUCUACAUCGUAAAGUUAAAAUUGAUUACGUUAGCUGCGUUUCCGGAGGAAAUUACACAGCCGCCGCCUACGUGGAUUGGAAAUACAGAAACAACAAAGAGGAUGAUCCGAAAUGGCAUAAUAAAUUUUUUGAACACAUGCGAAGCAGAGCUGGUUACAUUUGCAAUUGGAAAAAUCCAUUGCAAGGCAUUUUAGAGAGCAUCAUACUGGUUUUCCUGCUGAUCACAGUCAAUCUUCUAAUCCCCUGCAUCAUCUACAGCGCCGGUGCUGUUCCAUCUGCCUACGUCAUCGAUUACCUGCUUGGCACGGUCAUGCGCAAAGGCUUUAACUGCACAGAUGUCCCACAAAUUUCAAAAGGACUGAACAAUUCAAGAAAACUUUGCACUCAACAAUUCGAAAUCGACGAGCCAGAGAUGCGCAAGCCAGUUUACCUGUUCUUUUUUCUUUUCCUUGCAUUCUUUGUGUCCCACGUCAUCAAGACUAUCGCUCCAUUAAGACUUCGCUCGAUUUCCCGUUACUUCAAGAUUUUGUCCGGGUCGCUGCUCGCUUUAACGUACAUUCCCUGGUUGAUGGAGCAGUUUACUGAGGUUCUUCCCAAUUGGCUUUAUACGCUAGUAAUCGUGCUGAGCAUCUUUUUCUGGCUUGGAUUUCCACCCUUACGAGGCAAGGCAUCCUUAGCACUAGUGGCGUACGUUUAUGCAUCCGUUGUGAGAUGGCGAGUGUAUGAGACCAGUGUUAUAGGUAUCGAGUAUGAGGAGAAACUUUUUUACAAUCUUCUCCUCAUUUCUGGAUUUUGCUUAUGGUUGAAUCCUUUCGUUGGAAUGUUCAGCUCCACGGCAAUUUUUACAUACUACAAGUAAGUAGUGCUAACUUCUCAAUCAAUUCAAGAGGUAGCUGUUGUGUUGUCAUCUACGAACAGAGAUCAAGUAGGUUUAUGCCAAGGAUCGAACAAUCCUCAUUUUAACGUUAUCACGCUUCUAACCAUUUAUUUGGCUGCGAUAUACAGACAACGAGAGGAGCAUAGUUCAAUGGAGGCAGAGUUACUGCGCACACUCGAAUGAUUUCAAAAAGCCUCUUUCAAUCUUAUACCUCAUUCACACUAAACCUUAAACGUGUUUUAAACUUUUUUUGUUAAACACAGUUCUAUAAAUUUGUUACUUCACAGAAGCUGCUUAAACCGAUGUUUGUCGACUUUAAAUGUAGCUCACUGAAAACAAAAGUUAGCGAUUACUUGAAUCCUAUGGAAACUCAGUUUUUAGUUCUCUGUUUCUAAUUUGGGCAACUGCCCACCUACCCCUCCCCUAACCCAACAACAGUCUAUUGAUAACAAGUUAGGGUUAAUGUUGGGUUAGGGGAGGGGUAGGUGGGUAGUUGCCCAGAUACUGAUAUUGGUCCUUUUCAUUUAGUUAAACCCGGUUCAACUAAAAAUAUUUUGCGUGAAUGGGGUAAUAGAGCGAAGUUCUUUUCAAUUUCAGGUGGAGACUGCAGCGAGCAUUUUUUACGAAGAAAAGCGUUGGUUUACUUGGCUGUAACGGAAUCAGGUGCCGAGACUUCUUCCCGAUACUGUCCUGCUAUAGCCCCGAGGAGCACGACCCAGCCAAAGAACCUCUAGUCAUGGAUGACCUAAAGCAAGUCAAACCGCAAUACAUCAGUAACGUGGCAGUGGAUUAUUGGCGCAAGAAACCGAUCCUAAAAGAGCCUUCCUACGCCAUCAUGGCACUGUCACCGACUGAGAAUGAACGAAUCGACCAUCAGCCGGGGGAACCUAGUGUGGAGGACAAAUUGUAUCCAAAAUACGUCAAUCAGACGGAUGCCAUGGUAACCUCUGCUGCUGUGAUGGCACUGAGUCCGGAGCAGGAGGAGCCGUUCAGAGAUCUACAGAUGCUUUUGGGAUUAACCCUCCGAAAAGGAAUCAGGAGUAAUCCGAAUGAGUCUUUCGGAUUAGCUUCAAAGGUGGGUUGCAAUGUGAAACCUAACUUUAGGAAAACGAUAAAACGAUAUGAGAGGCGAAUGCAUUCACGGCAGGCGGACAGGCGACAGGCGUCAGGCUGCAGGCGGCAGGCGGUAGGCGACGGGCGGUGGGCAGUAGGCGGCAGGUAGUAGACGGCAGGCAGCGGGCAACAGGCGGCAAGCAGCAGGCGGUAGGCGGCAGGCGGCGGUUGGCAGGUGGUGGGUGGCCGGCGGCGGGUGGUUAAACGGACGACUCGUGGCGAUAACAAAACAAGCUCUCCACUGACCAUCGACAAGUUUCUAUUUCCGAUCGUUUUUAUUCCGUUGUCUCAUUGUGUUGUCUGGCGUUUUUGUUUCAGAUUUUAGCGGUUUUAAUCCAGAGCAUCGCAGCCCUCCCGAUAAUAUUGCUUGCAGCCAUCUGGCAUUCUCCUUGGGACAUGAAGAAUGCUGAGAGAGCCGCUAUCGCUUCGUUCGUGGUCUAUUUUAUAAUUUUUUUCGGAAUUGCCUUGUUGCCAACUGGCCGUAAAACACCAUGCUUCCUCGACAACUUUGCAAGGUGAGAAAUUUGAGAGUUCUACCUUAUCAGUGUGUGUCCGUACAGAAUGGAAAAUCUAUGCUUCAGUUGAGCGCUUGUCAAUUGCCGGAAUGUCAUAUAAAAACAAGUCUAAGAUAAUUACGACUGACAAUCAGAGCUGAACAAAGGAAACUCAACGGUCUGAUUUACGUUUUACAUCUGAUUGUGCGGGAACGAGCUUUGAGUUUAUUAUAACAAUCAUAGCACACAAUGAAAAAAAAUUCUUCUUAAUCCUGGAUUACUUACAACAUUUGAUUUUAAAUUGCUCUAACGAUGGUUAAUUUUUCGAAAAGCCUGUCAUUAGGUUAUUUUUUGUCAUUAAUUGCGCUCCGAAAAUGCCGCGAUAGUUUUUGUCUUCUUAAACAAACGUAUUUUCUGAAAACUUUAUCUUCGAUCAAACCUUUUCGCGCACUUCACAGCUUUUAUUACUUUUAGUGACCUUGAUCUUUUGUUUCCUACAGAUGGUGUCACGUACAUUUAUAUCAUGUUCGAAUGUUGCGUGAGUUAUUUCAAGUGAACAAUGUCGGCCCCAGGCCCCCAGCACUGCUAUCUCUCAGUGAUGGUGGUCGCCUGGAGAAAUUUGGUUUGCUACCACUACUGAAGAAAAGACUUAAGCGGAUUUUAAUCGUGGAUGGAAGUUUCAUAGUGAACGAUGAAGACUACGCCAAACAGAUCCUGAAAUCGAUGGAUCAAGCCAGAAAAGACCUGAAUUGUGAGUUUGUGGGAUUAGGUGGCCGUGAUGUGAAGGAGGAGAUGCGCAAAACGUACGUUGACGUACCUCGAGGUCGCCAGCCAAGAUAUCAUAGAUUUAAGGUUCAGUAUUACGACAAAAAACCCGAUGAAAGCUACGAGAAAGUGAGUGAAGGCGACAUAAUGAUCAUCGCACCUCGUUACCCCAAGUAUGGAAAACCAUCUCUAGAUUUGGAAAAUAAUUGGGAUCAGUACCACCAAGAUACCGGAGAGCGACUUGACGAAAAAGAGUGGGGUAAAGGGCCUGUUCUCAGCGAAGAUGAAGUUGACCGCUUGACGUUCUGCUGCUGUGAAUGUUGUCACUCAAACUCCAAAGUCCUUCAGUGGAUAUCUAAAAAGCUUUGUUUGGGAUUCCCAAGUACGUCAACUGUCAAUCAAUUCUUUACGUCUUCACUCUAUACAGCCUAUCACCGCGAGGGGUAUCGCGCAUGCGUAGAAUCUGGUGCCGAGGAAUUUCUUAAGGAGUGUGAUGCCACUGAACUCGCAGAUAUUGUGUAAUGAAGAAGAACGCACCGUCCCACUACAGAGAAUGAAGAUAGUAAGGGACUGCGCAUGUUCUUUUAUUGUACCCUCUGAAUAGAAAUUGGCAGAAAUUGAUUUAAAGAGAAAAUUUCUAUAAACGAGGUUUUAUUAUUGCAAGAUUGCUUAGAAAAAAAUUACCGUUUAAUGACCAUGAAAGAUUGGGUCGGGAGGGUGAAUGAGACAGUCUUUGAGAAUAAAGGAUUCCAUUGAAUCUUCAUUGAGGUAACAGAAUUCCCUAUAAUUUACAAAGUUUCAAAACCUCAAAAUUUUUAUAUAAUAUAUGCAAUGCUAGCUUAUUUUAGCGAGAAAAAAAAUUACUGUAAGAGGCAUCAUUCAGCCGUUUAUUAUGGUUUAUAAUAAAGUUCGGAUGUAACGCGCUCUGUCAUCGGUUGAAAGAGCGUGUUCUGUCCGAGUGUAAAAUGCGAAGCUGAGUUAAAGCUGUCACGCCAUAUGCCAAAUAGUACUAUGUCCAACCAAUUCCC